CACUCUCUCUCUCUCUCUCUCCCUUAGCGCCAGCCAUGUCCGCUCCCACUCUGCACUCUCUCCCAGACGACGACGCUUCACCCGUCGAGGAAGUUCGCUUGACGGUCUCGAACGACGACGACCCAACCCUUCCAGUAUGGACCUUCCGGAUGUGGGCCCUGGGCCUCCUCUCAUGCGUCCUCCUCUCCUUCCUCAACACCUUCUUCGCCUACCGCACGGAGCCGCUCGUCAUUUCGAUGAUCUCCGUACAGGUGGCGACGCUCCCGAUCGGACGGUUCAUGGCGAGGACGCUGCCUACAAAGAAGUUUCGGGUCGGGUCGAGGGAGUUUUCUCUCAACCCGGGUCCGUUUAACAUGAAGGAGCACGUGCUGAUAUCCAUAUUCGCGAAUGCCGGAGCCGGGUUCGGAAGCGGGGCGGCUUAUGCAAUUAGUAUUGUGAACAUAAUAAAAGCGUUUUAUCAUAGGAAUAUCUCAUUUUGGGCCAGUUGGAUACUUGUUAUUACCACGCAGGUGUUGGGAUACGGGUGGGCCGGAAUUCUGCGAAAGUACGUGGUGGAUCCGGCUGAGAUGUGGUGGCCGAGCAGUCUCGUUCAAGUCUCUUUGUUUAGGGCUCUGCAUGAGAAAGACAGCAAGCGAAUGUCAAGAGGGAAGUUCUUUCUGAUUGCCCUCAUCUGCAGCUUCUCCUGGUCCGUCGUCCCAGGCUACCUCUUCCCAACUCUGUCAACAAUUUCAUGGGUUUGCUGGGUUUACCCAAACUCAGUCACGGCCCAACAAAUCGGGUCGGGCAUGCGCGGGCUGGGCCUCGGGGCAUUUUCGCUUGAUUGGACCGUUAUAGCCUCCUACCUUGGCAGCCCUCUGAUCAGCCCCUUCUUUGCCAUUGUCAAUGUUGCGGCUGGCUAUCUUCUUGUUAUGUAUGUGGGUCUGCCAAUUGCCUAUUGGGGCGUCAAUUUGUACAGUGCCAAGAACUUUCCAAUCUUCUCUUCACACUUGUUUGAUCACCGUGGCCAGAUUUAUAACGUUUCGGCCAUUGUGAAUGACAAGUUUGAAAUUGAUAUGGCUUCUUAUGACAAACAAGGGCGCAUAAAUUUGAGUGUUUUCUUUGCCUUGACUUAUGGUAUUGGUUUUGCGGCCGUUGUAUCGACCCUCACGCAUGUCGCCCUCUUUAACGGAAGGGAGAUAUAUAAGCAAUACCAAAGAGCUUCACACAGUGGAAAGGUAGACAUACACACCAGGUUGAUGAAGAAAUACAAGGACAUACCUAACUGGUGGUUUCAUCUUAUGCUUUUGUUGUCUUUGGUGCUCUCUCUGGCGCUGUGCAUUUUCAUGAAAGAUGAAGUGCAAAUGCCAUGGUGGGGACUCAUUUUUGCAGCUGGACUUGCAUUAGUUUUCACCCUUCCAAUCAGCAUUAUAACUGCGACCACAAAUCAGUCUCCAGGACUAAACGUCAUCACAGAGUACAUCAUGGGCUUGAUAUUACCUGGCAAACCAAUAGCCAAUGUGUGCUUCAAAACCUAUGGCUACAUAAGCAUGUCGCAGGCAAUUUCCUUUCUCAAUGACUUCAAGCUAGGCCAUUACAUGAAGAUCCCUCCCAUAUCAAUGUUCAUAGUCCAGUGCAUAGGAACAUUGAUAGCGGGAACAGUCAAUGUUGGGGUGGCAUGGUGGCUGUUGUCUACCAUAGAAAACAUAUGUCAAGAUCAAUUGCUCCCUCCCAAUAGUCCUUGGACUUGUCCUGGUGAUCGUGUGUUCUUUGAUGCCUCUGUAAUCUGGGGUCUGGUUGGACCUAGAAGAAUUUUCGGCUCUCUCGGAAACUACAAAGCCCUCAACUGGUUCUUCCUAAUUGGUGCAUUGGGGCCCCUCCUGGUGUGGUUGCUGCACAAAGCUUUCCCAAGUAAGAAAUGGAUCAAGCUGAUCAACCUCCCAGUGCUUUUGGGAGCAACAGCUGUAAUGCCACCAGCUACAACUGUGAACUUCAACUGUUGGAUUGUGGUUGGAGCAAUUUUCAACUUCUUUGUUUUCAGAUACAGAAAGAAGUGGUGGCAGAGGUACAAUUAUGUUCUUUCUGCUGCUUUAGAUGCUGGAGUGGCUUUCAUGGGGGUGCUUUUGUACUUCUCAUUGACCAUGAAUGAGAAAAGCAUAUCCUGGUGGGGAACAAAUGGUGAACACUGUGAGCUGGCUACUUGUCCUACAGCCAAAGGUAUAGUUGUUGAUGGUUGCCCUGUGUACUAAAUCUCAUUUCAAAACCUAUAAUUACUUUAGCAUUUUAAAGUUUUUUGCUUUAAGUUUUAAGUACGUUAAUUGGAAGAAAGGCAUUGUAAAUAUCAAUCAAGUUUCAUCUAUGUAGUGAAGUUCACAGUGGGAAAUU